AUGCCUGACGAAACCUCCGUCGUCGAAACGAAGCCAAGUCGGGCCUGGGAGACAUUCUCUGCAGGAGGGCAUGCGGAGGCCACCGCGGCGGACAAAUGGGUUGACGCCAUUUUUCAAGCAGACAAAUCGACUUGCCAGCUCGACACCACAGUCAGGCACCACGAUGCGCGCACGAAGAAGACUGAGAAGCCCGACAAGCCCAAGCCUCUUCGCAAAGCCUUCACCUUCAGCUGGACCGAGCCGUGGUCCGAACAAGUAUCGUUGCGUCGCACAUUGUCUUUGCCGCGGUCGACAACCCCGCGAGCCCCAGAUGUGUACGGGGAGCAGACAGCCUCAGCCUUGGUAUUCUCCACUCGUGAUUACGGGAACUUGACCGAAAACAGGAUCUUGGGCAUCGCCGGUGGGAGGGGGAAAAUACUCGGUUUCCUCUUCACCGUUGACUCAGUCUCCCGCAAGGACGGGAUCACGGGAUCGCUGGUGGACGGGACGGUGGCGAGGCAGAUCAAAGACAACGAGUUACGCGAGUACACCCCACCUGACGUGGCACAAGGCGAGAGCCAGCGGGAAGCGAGCGGAGAAUAUGCAAAAGGAUAUUUCCCCUGCUCGUACAGGAUGGAGAGUCCUGCUGAAGGGAACGUAAGGGGAAAUACCACGGUCUUGAUUUUGAAAGUGAAUAAUGAAGUUAUGAUCAUAUGCCGACUCGCCGAGGGUUUUGCUGCUACUGGUACCGUAUCGGAUAGCAGGCUCUGGGUGGUCCUAUCGCUAUCGAGAGGCGCGGAGUCCGCGAGUAGGCUGGCUCCGAGCAAAUACUGA